AGCAUAAUUCAUCUCAUGUCACUUCAAGCUGUGGAAACGGAGACAUGUAGAUAACUUUAAUGCAGAGAAAUUGGAGCAAUUUUAGGGCACAAAUCAUCUGAUCUAUUUGAGGCGUCCACUUGAGGAUGACAUGACUCAUGCGCUACAGAUGCUCAAUUCUUUCCUGUGUAUGAAGGAAGCCUAUAUUAGAUGUAGACUUCUCCAUGACGGAGGUCUAGAUAGGGUUGGAUGGGUCCCACCUGCUGUGCCAUACAUGUGAUUCAGCAUUUCCCCAGAACGGGUGGUGAGGGCAUUAAACUAUUAAUACAGCCGCACACAUUAAUCCUCCACAUAAAACUCGUGUUGUCUCAGCAAGGAACCUUCACUGAAACGCGUGAUUGUGAAACGUGAGGUUACCUGGCAGUAAGUAUCUGUGAAAACCUAUUACCCCUGCGACUUAAGUCGAUUGGAUUAACUUAAGAAGUGCCUAUGGGUUUAGGAAAAUGGAUGUAGAGGAAUGUCUUUGCUUUCUCACUUCAGAAUUGGUAGGAAAAAAUAUAACAGGAGAAAACAUGACCAAGAAAAAAAAAAAUAAAAGCUGUAGGAACAUAUAGGCCUAUUUCAGGUGAGGUGCACCCCGUUCCCACAUAUUCAGAUGAGGGGAUUGUAAAACACAAUGCAGCUGAGACAUAAUGCUGCAAUAAAACAUUGGUACCAGAGUCAGCACACACGCAGGGCUGCAGCACCGUGCAUUUCUCAUGCCGUGAUGGUGUUCUGCUGUGUACAGAAAUAAGUGACCAAACAUUAAAUAAGCACGGCAGGCUGCCAUCUCUGGGACUGUCCCUGAGAGGAAGCUAUCGGGUUACAUCUGUUAAGACAGCUGAAGCACAAAAGCCAUCAUGUCAUUAUUCGUCAAACACAGCGCGGUGCUUUGGCACAGGUAUCGAUAAAGCCUUGUGGAACGCGCGUACGCCUCGGUGACACAGGAAGGUAUGCAAGGUGAUGGAAGCGUGAACACCGACAGAUAGGUGUUUCUCUGAGGCAUGCCCCGUGCAGGGCUCACAGCUGGUUUCCUACGGUGCUGUGCAGCCCUCGAGCCGCGACACCGGCCAGGCGUGAGGCGCAGCCGUGCGCAGGCCGCGGUGCCCCCGCAGCGCGAUGCUGAGGGCUCAGCUCAGCGCCGGGCCCGCCCCACUAUCACCCACCGCACCCCAAUGCUGCCGCCGGGCAGCACCGCUUCUGCCCGAAGGGAUUUCUGCCUUCGCCGUGCCCCCACCCCAUGCCUGCUGCAGGCUCGCAGCUGGGCGGCGGGCUGCAGUCCGCCCGCGCAGCCUCUAGGGUUCCCCUCAGCCCUCAGCCACCGGCGCUUCUCCUUCGGGCACUUCGCCCUUUGGAAGAUGGGGCGGCAGCCCUACGCCGUGCACACACCGAUCCCUUCGGCCGGAGCCCGUCAGCAGCGCCGGACCAGGCGCAGGCCCCGCUCCCCGCCCCGAGGCCGGGCGGGAGGUGCCGCCCCGGAGCCGCCGCAGCCCUCCCCGCCGGAGCCUCCCCAUCCGCCCCGCACCGGCCGCCGGCUUCCGUGCGGCUGA